CAGCGCCUUAGUAUAGCAGUCGAUGGUGCGACAUCGGAAAUAAAGGGGGGUGGGGAGGAUAAGAAUAUUUUCGUUCCAGAGGUCUAAAUAAAGAAUUAGUGAAUCUCAGUGGCUUCUAUGAGCCAUCUGCUCGGAACAAACGUAAAAAUGUCUAAUCCUUACGCUUUUAUCGGGCUACCUUUGGGCUCUCAAGCCUCUGGAUCUUCAAACGCUGGUCCAAUGACUCUCGGUCAUAACCAUAUUGCAUUAGGAGGUCUUCCCUUUUCAGCUUUAAUGGGUUCUGCUGGACAGGGUAUGCCAGGCCUACCCUUUACUAUGCAAUCUGCUGCAUUAAGUUUGGGACUUGGAGGUAUGCUGGCAAAUAACCAAAGAAUCUCUGGAGUCAAUUGUGGAUCAGAAGGCUUGUCGAGGCAAAACCCACAAGAAACUGAUAACUUAACUGAAAAUGGGAAAGAAAAAGAACACAAUCUUAACCAGUCCGGCAACAGCAAUAGAGACAGGCGUGAAGACAAGUACAGAGAAUCUAGAAAAAGGAUGAGAAGCAAUAGUCUAGCCUGUGAAAGUGAUGAUGACAUCAUGGUGCUAUCAAACUCUCCUAGCAGUAAUGAACCCAGUGAACAAAGAGACAGUACCCAGCCCAAGAGUGUCUGGGACAACACUUCUGUUCCAAUGGGUUUGGGAUUCUCAAUGAAUAAUCCCUCUCUGGUCAGCAAUUCAAUGUACCCAACAGAUGCUUCUUCCUUCAUGGCUGCAAUGGGAUCUCAAAUGCCCUUUGAUUUUGGCCUUCUACCUGGCAUGGGAAAUGUUUCUCAUCCAAGCAAAGAACCAAUUCACCUCAAAAGCUGUGUACUUUAUCCUCCAAAUCCUCAAGCUCCACUCCCGACAACGAGAGAGCGUCCUCUUGGAUGCAAAACCGUUUUUGUUGGAGGACUAGCAGAAAAUAUUACCGAGGACAUUUUGAGAGAAAUUUUUGAACGGUGUGGCGGCAUACUUACCAUUCGGAUGAGCAAAAAGAAUUUUGCUCACGUCAGAUUCGAACGAGAGUGCUAUGUUGAUUCUGCGAUUCUCCUUUCAGGUUAUCGCGUGCGUCUGCAUAACCAGAAACCAGAUGCAAAUAAUCCGAGCACUAGCAAUACUAGCAGCGGUCGGCUGCACGUUGAUUUUGCACAAGCCCGCGAUGAUCAAUAUGAAUAUGAAUGUCAAGCACGACGGCUUGAGCGUGAAUUACGCCACAGGCAAAGAAUCGAGGAGGAUAAAUGGAGACCACCUUCCCCGCCACCAGUGCCUCAUUAUGCCGAACACGAAGCACAUGUCGUAGUUGAACAGCUAAAAAAUGAGGAACGGUUCGGAAGAGCUGUUCAGAUUUUGGCUACUUGGCUAGAACGUGGAGACUGUUCCAAGCGUAAUUCAAAUGGCUUCUACUCAAUGAUCCAGUCAGCUCACGCCCAUCUACGCCGCUUGGGAUCUGAAAAGAGUCAAUUAGAAGAGGAAGCCCGACGGACUCAUGAUUCACUAAGGCAGAAAUUCCUUCAUCUAUCCUCUCAACUGGGUGAAAUGGAGCGGCUAUUUCUAGCAGCCAGCCAUCAAAAAGCCUGGGAUCAUUUCACCAAAGCUCAACGAAAGAGUCUCGAGUCGUGGAAAAAACACGUGAUGGAUAUCAAAUUGGAGCCCACUGUCGAAUUUCUGACAAGUAGCAAAGACGAUGAUAACAUGGAGUUUUCAGAUUCCGAGUCGGACGAGCCCCGCCGUUACAAGUCUAACGCUUCAGAAAAGAGCAUUGCACACCUAAAGGAGGAAAAUGACAGUUUACGCUGCCAGCUUGAGGCAUACAAAAAUGAAGUGGAGAUAGUACGCGCUGACCUGAAGAUUGAACUUCAAGCUAAAGAACAACAUGUUAAGAACUUGGAAAGAAACUUGGCUGAAGAGAGGCUUAGAUCGGUCAAGGAGAAACAAACUUCUUUAUCAAUUCAGAACGUUAAUAGUGCUGAAGUACCCGGCAGUGUAACUGACGAACAAUCCGUAAAAUUAAUAAGUUUGUUAUCAGUUUUCCUUUCGGUGCAACAUUGUGGUACGACCCUCGACGAUGCCUACGAAUAUGUUCGAAAAUCAGAUAACUCAUGCACCAAAGACGAAGUGGAGAAAGUUUUACUCCACAACAAAGAGCUUUUUUCUAAUACGUCUGACCUUUGGCGUUUCAAGUUGUUCUUCCAUUAGCAUACGGAGAUAAUAUAGAUAUUGUCUGUAUUGACUGGACAUACACCCAUUUGUUAAAAUCUA